GCUCUGUGACGUCUCUCACCGGUGAAAUCCACCGAGGAGUCGGCUGGACUGACCGCUUCUCUGUCUUCUUCUUCGCCGGAGCUCAGAGCGGCAUCAAGGCAUCAAGGAAGCCCGACUGUCGCCUCUCCUGCCCGGCCGCGACGACCCGCUGACAGCAAGGACAGGACACCGAGCGGGGACCGCUUCUCCUCAGAGGAUGAUGGAUGUCACCCCUGUACCGACCAACGGCCACGGAGCCCGGUGGACACGGCGGAGGGGCAGCGGGGACUUCUGAGCAUCCUACCGGUCGUAGGAAACGGGCGACGGAAGCUUUUCCUUGAAUUUGAAUCUUUUUCCUGCAAUGUCACCACCAAGGAGAUGCGGCUGAGCCACCUGCUCCUCUGACCGCGUCAACUCUUCCGCACGGUUAAACGUUAGCUCCGGUAUGAGCAGAACCGGACCUGCCUGACACAUCUGACCGGGGAGAGGGGGUGGUGGCAGGGGGCUGGUGGGGACACGUUUGGAUUUUUGGAUGAGAACCGGUCACCGGGCCGGAUUCCGUGCGGAGGGACGCCGGCCGGAGCGGAGGAGGAGGAGGGAGGAGCGGCAGCAGCGGCUGCGGGCAACCGAACGGACGACCUCAUCCCCGGGGGGAGAGAAGCAGCGCGGCGGCCACAGGAGGAUGUGAAGAUGGGUUUAGUUUUCGGUCUCCUGUGGCUGUUUACCGGCUUCCUGCAGGGCGUGCACGGACAGGGCGUGUAUGCGCCCCCUUCAGUGCGCAUCGUGCACUCAGGUCAGGCCUGUAACGUGGAGGAGGAGCGCUACAGCGAGAGAGUUUACACCAUCAAAGAGGGAGAGACUCUGGAGCUGCAGUGUCUGGUGACGGGACACCCCCGACCUCAGAUUCGUUGGACAAAGACGGCGGGCGGAACCUCGGAUCGUCCGGGCGACUCGUCUGUGAUCAACGAAACUCUGAAGAUUGAUAAAAUCAGCCGCCACCAAGGGGGGCGCUAUUACUGCAAGGCUGACAACGGACUGGGAUCCCCCGCCAUCCGGUCCAUACGAGUUGAUGUCUACUACCUGGACGACCCGGUGAUAACGAUCCAUCAGAGCGUCGGCGAGUCGAAGGAGCAGUUCUACUUUGAGAGGACGGUGUUUCUCCGCUGCGUCGCCAACUCCAACCCUCCCGUUCACUACACCUGGAGGAGAGGCAGGGAGGUGCUGACGCAGGGCUCCGACUCCGGGGUGGAGAUCUACGAGCCGUUCUUCACACAGGGUGAGACAAAAAUCUUGAAGCUGAAGAAUCUCCGUCCUCAGGAUUACGCUGACUACACCUGCAUCUCUUCGGUCAGGAACGUCUGCGGCAUCGGAGACAAGAGCGCACACUUCGGUCUGAGCAAUAAGACAGCUCCUCCCUCCAUUAAGCUCCUUCUGGACGACCCCCUAGUGGUGAAUCAUGGCGAGACAAUCACUCUGGUGUGCGUAGCAUCAGGCGGAGACCCUCCUCCCACCCUGCAGUGGCUGAGGCCGGGAGGGGAGGAGCUCCCGAAGAGGAGCAUCGUUAAAGGCGGCACGCUCACCAUCCCCGGCGUCACCAUUGACGAGGGCGGGGCUUACAGCUGUAUGGCGUCCAACAACGUGGGAAACCCCGCCAAGAAAACCGCCAACUUACUGGUCAGAGGUCUGCGUAAAGGUCGUUUCUGGAUCACACCCGACCCGUACCACAACGACGACAACAUCCAGAUCGGCCGGGAGGUGAAGAUCAGCUGCCAGGUGGAGGCCACGCCCCCUGAGGAGCUGCAGUUCAGCUGGCUGAAGAACGGGCGUCCGCUGAGGAGCUCCGAGCGAAUGGUCAUCACCCACACGGACACCGAGGUCUCGCCUGGAACCACCAACCUCGACAUCAUCGACCUCAAGUUCACCGACUUCGGCACCUACACCUGCGUGGCCUCGCUGAGGAACGGAGGGAGCCCGGAGAUCAGCAUUGACGUCAACAUCUCAUCCACCACAGUUCCUCCAGAGCUGAGCGUCCCCAGAGGGCGCUCUCACCUCAUCGCUCAGGAGGGCGACACCGUGGACCUGCAGUGUCUGGUCUCAGGGAAACCCAAACCCAUCAUCCUGUGGUCGAGGGUGGAGGAGAGUGGGGCGGCGGCGGCAGCAGCAGCGACUGCGCCUCUGAUGCCGGACGGGUCGGAACAGAUCGAGAGCUACGACGGCGUCCUGAGGAUCAGCAACGUGACCCGAGACAUGAGCGGCUCGUAUCGCUGCCAGACGAGUCAGUACAAUGGGUUCAACGUGAAGCCACGAGAGGCACUCAUCCAGCUGGUGGUGCAGUUCCCCCCCGUGGUGGAGCCGGUGUACACAGAGAUCCGCCAGGCGCUCGGCCGGGCGUUCAGCCUCACCUGUCGCCUGCUGCGCGCUCACCCGGCCCGCCUCCUCAGGUACGAGUGGAAACUGGGGUCCCGCCUCCUCACCAUGGGACAGUUCAGCGACCAGCAGGACGACACCAACUACCAGGUCAAAGCUCUGAACAGAGAGGGCUACGGCGAGUACACCUGUGACAUCACCAACGAGGCCGGGGCCGGGCGUUGCACCUUCCUGGUCACAGGAAAGGCCUACCCUCCCGAGUUCUACUACGACACAUACAGCGCUCUGUGGCAGAACAAACCUCGAGUCUACGGCUUCAAGCUGCAGUGGACUCAGAUGGAGCCCAACGCCGUCGACCGGAUCCUGGCCUACAGACUCGGGAUCAGACAGAUGAGUCAGUCGCGCUGGUGGGAGCAGGAAAUCCCCAUGGAGGGAAACAUCCAGAAGGGGGAGCUGUUGACCUACAACCUGACUGAACUCGUCAAACCUGAGUCCUACCUGAUCCGGCUCACCCCCAUCACCCGCUACGGAGAGGGGGACGCCACCGAACGCAUCAUCAUGUACAGCGCUCCCGUGAACCCACAUCUCAGGGAGUUCCAGUGUGGUUUCGAGGACGAGGCGUUGUGUUUGUUCUCUCAGGACAAAACGGACGUGUUCGACUGGACGCGUCACAGCGCCGCCACACGAGACACCAAAUACACCCCGAACACCGGCCCCAGCUCCGACCACAACGGCUCCAAACAGGGUUUCUACAUGUACAUCGAGACGUCGAGGCCGAGGCUGGAGGGAGACAAAGCCCGUCUGCUGUCUCCGACCUUCAACAUGAACACCAAGAGCUCCGCCCCCUCCGUCGCCAACAGCCCCACCUACUGCUUCGCCUUCUACUACCACAUGUACGGGAAACACAUCGGAGCUCUGAACGUGCUUCUUCGUCAGAAAGGACAGACUGUGACCGACACCUCCGUCUGGACUCUGAUCGGUAACCAAGGAGACCGCUGGAGACAAGCCAAGGUCAACAUCCGCCCAACGGCAGCCUUCCAGGUGGUGAUAGAGGGCGUUCGAGGUUCUGGUAUCGAGGGAGACAUCGCCAUCGAUGACGUCACCAUCGAAGAGGGCGAAUGUAAAGACCCUCCCCCCAACAAUCUAAGGUCGCUCGCCCCGCCCACCUCGCCUCAUAUAUGGCAGCUGUGCAUCACUCUGAGUCUGGCUCUGAUUGGCCGACAGAGGUGACCCCCCCUCACUACGAGACGCCAUGACUUUUGACUCUUCUAACCCCCUCCCCUCCCUCUUCAUCUCUCCACCCCCCCCCCCCUCCCCCCCCCACAC